GCUCAGUUUACAUUUCUCCCUGUUAGCUUAAAGUUCUCGAUAAUCACAUUAAAAUGAAGUUCCUGCUGCUGCUGGUUGUGUUCGCCACCUUUGUGGCUAGUUCCUUGUGCCUGAAGAACGCCAUUUGUGGACUUCCAUAUUCCCAGAAUGGAGAUGGGGUUAGGGCCUGUCUGGCCUACAUUCCCAGUUGGUCCUACAAUGGAAGGACAUGCGAGGCGUUCGUUUAUGGCGGAUGCGGUGGCAAUGAUAAUCGCUUCAAUUCUCAGGCUGAAUGUGAAGCUAAGUGUUUGGAAUAAAUUUUGUAGUGACUUAAAAUGAAAAAUAAAUGAGUGGGACUUUCCCCAAUGAACAAAAUAACACCAUAAAA